CACCGCCGCCGCUGCCGGCCAGUGACUCUUACCGGUUUAGUAGCUGCACAGCUGUUUCGUGCGUGUGUUUGUCGAUCGCGGAGCUCGAGAAUUUUUCCGAAUGUUUUGAUACACUUCUUAGAAUUGAUAAAUGUCAUAUUCUAACGUUUUUUUGUUGUUGUGUAUUUUGUAUACGUUCUCUAUCGGUUUACUUUACGGUGGAUAAAUAGACUUCGAGAGUCUAGUACGAUGCGUGUAAAAAUAAUGUUUAAUGUGCGGCUCAUUGCCGGAUAAUGCGCACGUUUUGGAAARUAUCGCGCGUUUAUACUGAUAUGGUGRGACAGGYGACUGAAAAAAUAUGAAAGCUUCGCCGGUAAAAACGGAAGGCGCCGACUACGUGGACAGCGGCAGUGUGGAUGCGAACGCGAACGCGAUCGGUGAUCGUGGUACUGCGGCCCAGGUAUGCAACGAUGUGAUUGUAUUAUCUUCGGAGUCCGAAGCCGAAGAGGAGGAGGUGCUGGCCCACGGUGAGGAGGAGAAACAGGAGGAGGAGGUGGACGAAGAGGAGGAGAAGGAAGUGAUUUGCAGCAGACCACGUAAGUCUAAAAAGAAACAUAAGAAACAUCACCACGACCACGGGGUCAAUCGUAACGGGAAAAAAUAUAAGAAACGGCCGAAACAAGGGAGUGGUCCAAUAUUUCUGUGGGCAAAAAAGAAAGAGACGAAAAUAAUGAAGAUAUUCUGCGAAGAUUACGAUCCGGGUAUCAAACUAAUUAAGACCAACGGUGUGUGGAGUUCUACUCCUAGAUCUAAGGUGUUGGCGGCCGUUCAAUCGCGUUCGUCCGUCUGCGUAGACGUUUCAGGUGAGUCGCAAAACGACUGCGACGAGUCGAUCGAACAGAAAACACUACCGGAUGUCCGAAUCAAACAAAGCCCAAAAACCGACGAACUCGUCGACCUGAACGACAACUCUAUCGAUUUUGUGGACACCAUAUCUAGCGGGGAGGACGACGACGAAGAACAGACCAGAGCCAGAAUCGACCGUGCUCUCCAGAUGAUCGACCAGGACCCGGCACUGAUGAACGACGUGAACAUUUCGUUGCCAACCAACGAGGCGACUGCUGCCAUCAAGUUACCUGAAGGUACGACAAUCCACCAGAUCAAGAUCGAGAACGCCGCGAUCAAUGGGGCCGUUCCUGUUGCGACGCCGCCGCUGUCAUCGCCCAAGACGCCACCGGUGCAGUGCAAGUUGGGCGAGUUGACCAUAACAACGCAGCAGCAACAACAAAAUGAACCGUUGAACCUGGAAACCGUAAGUAAGCGAUCUGCCUUAGAAAUACGAUUACAGGAGCCACCGCUUAAGAAAAAACGCGUGGACAAACACGCUGCGCAACCACCGUUGGCCGGCGAACAGGUGAAACGCGAAUGGGAUCCACUGUCCGAACUGAAGGAAGUGCUUUCAGACCCCGGGCUGUGCGUGCCCGACCCGUUACUUGUUCCUAGGGCCAGGCUGGCCGCCCUGGUGGCCAGCCCGGCUACAGAAAUCCCGAAGCUUUUACGAGCGCCGUCAUUGUUGCCACCACCGCUUUCGGAUCCUGACCUGUUGGCCGUUUCGCUGUCACAUCUCCGGUCUAUGUUGCAGCAGCAACCGGGCUUCGCGGAUGAACGCAAGUCGGACAACAAUCAACAGUCGAACAUCGAUCAGAUGCUGUGGUUGUCGUACCUGUCGAAAGACAUGGCCGGCGUCGACUCCGAUUUGAUAUCUGCGAUGUUGAACAUCCUACUACCUACUUCUACAACCGCUCAACAACCGUUCAACUACCCUCAAGAUAAAAGCCAAUGGAACGACAUGUAUUACGACGGCAAUAUUGAAGCACCAUACGGUUCCACGCCCGGCUAUAGCAAAUCGGACGAAAUUUGUGCGUCUGUGUCGCCACUUCCGCCGCCGCCACCGCCACAGAUAUUACCACCGCCCCUGCCACAGAUAUUACCACCGCCACUGCCACAAAUAUUACCACCGCCACAGCAGUCGCAUCCACUGCCAUUACCACCGUUGCAGUCACAAAUGAUACCACCACCUACAGUUGCACAACCUCCACUGUUAUCACCGCAACAGCCACAAAAACACCAACAGUCACAACUGCUGCCGCCGCCGCCAAAUGUGCAACAGCAAGUACCGCGACUUUUGUCCAAGCGUUCGCAGCAACACAACAUGACUUCACAACUACGGUUGCCGUCACAUCCACAGCAAAUGCCACAGUUGUUGCCGUCACGUCCGCAGCAAUUAAUGCCGCCACAGCUACAGUCACCGGUCCUACGCCGUCAGUCGAAACGACGGGCUUGUCGAGAGCUGUGCUGCAACGGGUCACCGUCAUCGUGUUACGCUGGUAGCUAUUGUCCGAAAUCGAGUAGUUACAAUCCGUUCAUCGCAGCAUCCCCCAACGGAUGCAACCAGUUCGCCGUGUCUCCGGGCGACUGCAAUCCGUUCACCGCGACUCCUGCUCCCAGUUGCGGUGUUGGCAAUCCAAAGACAUGUWGUACUACGUACGGUUCGCCAGGCGGGAUGCCAACUUGUUGCUUUCAAACGGAAGCUAGUUGUGGGUACAACGGCCAAUCUCCGUCGCCAAUGCCGCCGCGGCAUACAUCCGUCUCGCCUCGCAAUCGCGCUCAAUACAACUACAAAUCCAGUCCGGGGCAACAGCCACAGCAGCAAAUGUCGAUAACGGAAGGCGGCAGUGUCGUCAACGGCUGUUGCAUUGGCGUCACCAGCUGUAGCAGUGGCGUCGCUGGCUGUAACGGUGGCGUCGCUGGCUGUAGUGGUGGUGUCGCUGGCUGUAGUGGUGGUGUCGCUGGCUGUAGCGGUGGCGUCGUCGAGUGUGGCAGUGGCGUCGCUCGCAGCAGCAGUGGUAGAGGUGUCACCAGCAGUAGCAGCGAUAGUGGCGUCACCAGCAGUAGCAGUGGUAGUGGCGUCGCUGGUAAUAGCAGUGGCUUCAAUAGCAGUAGCAGUGUCGUCAACAGCAGUGUCAUUGGUGGCAGUGUCAGUGUCAGCGACAUCGGCAUAGACUAUCAACGUUCGACUGCGACCAAUAAACCGCAAACGCCUCUGCCGGUGACCUCUACUAGCGGUGACGUCGGUCAGCCGGUGCACAGACCCAAAAUCAAAGUCAAGGAGCAUUUGAUCGACCCGAACGCAAAACCGAGACUUUUGAACAUCGAAGGUGCCCUUCAUCUGGCGGCAGGACAUGAUCUGUUCAGUUCGCCUCUUUGGCAUCCAUUGUUCGGCAGCCAAGAAAAACCGUACGGCUCUCGGUGGCAAUGGACAACUCCAGUCACCACAUCUGCGGCGACUUCUUCGGACGACACGCCCGACGACAUCAAACGUUGAGCCGGCAAGACCACUGACUGACGCGACGGUGACGACAAUGUAAUAUAUAUUAUAUAUAUAUGUGUUCAUAUAUUAUGCAAGCAGCGCACCUACAGUAUUUGUUUAAUUAUGUAUUAUUAUUAUCGUUUUACAUGUUGUACGACCCUUCGCGCAUAUACCCAUUUAGAAGACUCGUGUAUUUCGAAUACUUGCAGUUAACCCCCUUCUCCCACACACAUGUGACACAAUCCGGUUGGAUUUGACGUCAACAUUUCUUAUCGAAUAUAACGCAAACAAGUGUAUACUAUAGUAUUGUAUUAUAAUAUAUUUAUGUACAUAAAUAUAUAAUCAAUGUUUGAGCAAACGUUAUACCAUAUUAUAUUAUAACGUAUAAAAUAUUCCCCUUAUUGGUAUAGUAUAAUAAUAUAUGUAUUAUUUGUAUGUUUGAUGUAUGUAAGUUGUAGUCAAGUCGCGAUUAUUUGUGUCGCCCGUAGGAAUCGAUUGACCUCGACCUUUGCACUAGUUUUGGCCGGGGUAUACGAUCGCUAUAACAUCCGACGGGCUGGGGGACCGACUUCCUCCUAUAGACUUUCUGUUUUCGGUCGUCGCAAUUCCUGUGACUGUAAAAAUAUAUCUGUUUAAAACAAUUUAUGUACAUAAUAUUAUUAUUGUGUAACGUCAUAUUUGUGGUGCUGAAUGAAAAUUCGUUUUCGUCAUAAAAUGUACUGUUAGUUUCUGUUCUUCUAUUGAUUUAUUAUCGUUCUUUGUAUUAAUCUAUUAUCGUUGGAUUGUUUGUUUUUUAUUCGGAAAACCGUUUACCAUGCACAACCGCACGACUACUUGCGCGUAUGUUUUUGUGUUGAUUUUUUUUUUGUAAAUUUAUUGUUAAAAAUAAAACAAAAACCUAUUUUGUUUCUCGUUUAUUUUUGCGUUACAUAUCAGCUUUUGCUUGGUUAUUUUUCUGUGUACUUUGGUAUGCUUGAAUUUAUUACAAUUUUAUUGUUUUUUUUUUUUACUUUCUACGUCAAUUAUUUUAGCCAUUGAAUUUUUGGAUUUAUAUAUUUAUUAAUGUCGGUUAAAUGUUGAAUGUACUGUUUAAAAUAUAUUUUAUUUUACGUAAAUUAUCAGAAAUAGACCCAUAUAAAAUGGAACUUCAUAUUAUGGAAAUGUUGUAUAUUAUUACGGUAUAAUAACAUAUUAUAUAUUAUAAUCAAUAUUGAUUUUGAAUACU